AUGUUGUUUGCAAAAUACCAUUUAAACAGCAGCAAGAGUAAAAGCUCUGAAGUGCUGGGCAAUUUGGAUGCCUUAUUAAAAGUGCUGAAGAUGUUCAGAUUCUGGAUUUACCUGCCUUUCCAUCUUCUCGUGGCCAUGUGUUUGUGUCAUUCUAUAAAGGUGCCCACCAGUUCCCAACACAUCUUCAAGAGUGAUCUCUUCAACUGUAAUCAUUCCCUGAUUCUUGCAGAUGGUAAGGAAACCAUAGUCCACCUGUUGAAGGAUAUACCUAAAAGGUACUGUUUCAUUCUGGAGGAAGACAGAGCCCCAGCUCCUUUCACGGUAACCGUGACACCCUGUGAUGUUCCCAUUGAAUGGAGUAUACUGGUACAUAAGGCAUCAACAAACUUCCUUGGAAAAGCAGCACGUGGUGAUUAUGACACUCUUGAAGCCACAAAAUCUCAGAAGAUUCCAAAGUUGGUGUCCAUGAUAUUUAACUAUAAAGGAAAUUCUGUGGAGACUUAUAUGGGUAUGUCUUCCUAUUCUGCUUUCUAUAUGCUGGAGUUCCUAUCAAUUGAACGAGACACACACAUUACUGUAUAUUUAACAACUGACACAACAUCUGGGCAUCUGUAUCCAGAACUUCCAUUAGAUCCACGCAUAGAUGUUAUCGGUAUUGGCCAUGCAACUGUGACUCUAGCUUGGAAACACAGCCCAUCGGUCUUAAAGCACAAAGAAAACAUCCAGUAUUGUCUUCUCGUCAAUGAAAAACACAACUACAAGAGUUUAUGUGCAGCUGAGACAGCUAUCAGAUCUUCAGGUAUGAAAUCGCCACCAGCGCUAGCUCUUUCUCUCUUUCUAUAUCUUCUAGACCAUCAACAGGUGAUGAUACUGUCCAAUAGUGAAUUAAGUAUCAUCAACAGGGUUAGUAAUGGGGAAGUGAGGCAGAUAUGCAUGGGCACCAAGAAUACUUAUACAGUGCCCAACCUUAGACCCGGCACUCAAUAUUACUUUGAUGUUUUUGUAGUCAACCUCCUCACUAAUGCAAGUGCUGCCUACACUGGAACAUUUGCAAGAACUCUUGAGGAACCUGAGCCUAAAGUUAUUGAGCUGAAGGAUGGGAAGGUAAUUCAUCUAACCCUGGAUGGGAAAAAGCAGAAAUUCUAUAGCUUGCAGUACCAGGCUAGACACAAGAAGAUCCAAUUCAUCUUUCAAUCUUGUAGUGGCCAAGUAGGGGUUCAGAUAACAAGGAAUGGUAAAGUACUGGCCUCAGAAAACAUUGCAGGCUUCAGACAUUUGUCACUGAAGGGAAAGCUGCUGGACACAUAUUUGGUGCAGCUAAGGUCCAUGGACCAUACUAAUUCUUCUGUGAAAGUUCAAGUAUCCUCUCACUUCCACAAGCCUUUCUUCCCACUUCUUCCAGAAAGCUUAAAAAUCAAGUCCUUCAGUAAACUGAGGACCUGCAAUUCAGUCACCAUUGCCUGGCUAGGAACACAAGAGCAGAGCAAGUACUGUGUGUACAAGAAAAGGAUCAAAGAGGAUCAAGUUUGGAUGGAGGUGAGGAGCGCAGACAGGUGCUCAGGGCCCAAAUCCAGACACAACUCUGAGAAAGUGCUGUGCAAAUAUUUCUAUGAUAUAAAUCUACGACGAGCAGUCACCACACAGACCAUCAAGGGAUUGGAAGCAGGUACUCUCUACCUGUUUGAUGUUUAUCUAACUGAACCUUCUGGGAUCCCGGUCAGGUAUCACAGUAAAGUUGUGAAGACCAGGAAAAAAUGUUGAGGGCUUUUCAAUAAAUGUUUUUCUGGUAGAUAAAUAAGGAGCAAAAUGAAAAACAUGCACAAUAAACACCAGUGCUCUGUGCAGUUCAAAAUAUAUUGGGGCAUAACACACAAUUAUUAAAGCUGCAAGAUUUGUGGGGAAAGAAUUUUUUCAACUGUCUAGAAAAUUAGGCUCACUCUGGCAUCUUUUUUCCAAUAUAAGCUUUUCUCUCAAUUGUCUCAUAUUGACAGCAAAAACAAGACUAAAACAAAUAGAGACACUUGGAAACAAUGGAUUCACCCCAUGACAUACAAGAAAUCAGUCUGGAGUGAAAUGAAUUAAAAUGGACCUGAAAUCAAAUUCAUGUUGUUAAAUACCUUUCAAGGAGUAUUGAACUGUUACUUUAAAAUCUAACGUUUUUUCACUUUGCAUACCUCAGUAACUGUCAAUGAGGGACAGAGCGAUACCACCAGAAUGACUGUCUCUGACAGAUUGACCUUUCCCUGCCAGUUGAGAGAUUUGCUUGUGAAG